CAUAACCUCAAAAACAAUCCAUUUUUUGUUGUGAUCCUGAUUUGCUUUUUAAUUUUAAUUAAUUUUUUAAACAAUAUAUAAAUAAAUAUUUUUACUUACCCAAUCCCUGUGCCAAAGCCGUAAUAACACUUAGCUAUAGCUCCUAAUACUGUGAAACACUAUGGGUGUUCACGGACUCUGGCGUUUAAUAGAGCCUUCAGGAAAACCAGUCCCAUUGGAAACUUUGGAAAAUAAAGUCCUUGCUGUUGAUAUCUCGAUAUGGCUCCAUCAAGCCGUCAAAGGGUUCCAAGACUCAAAAGGUGCCUCGGUACCGAACGCUCACUUGCUAGGAAUCUAUCACCGGCUGUGCAAACUUUUAUAUUUCAAAAUAAAACCUGUAAUCGUAUUCGAUGGAGGGGUACCUGCAUUGAAAAAGCAAACAAUUGCAAAAAGAAACCAAUCCAAACUCAGAAACCAAUCUGAAGCGGACAAAAUCCAAAAGCAACUGCUCAGCACUCUUCUCAAACACUCUGCUGUCAGUAAAGUGCUGACAGAGAAAAUUGAAGCCUCAAUUGCCACAUUACCUAAAGCAACAAAACCUCAAAAAGAAGACAUGUACGUUUUACCAUCUAGUUCCCAAUUGGACAGUACUUUUUCCAGCUCAGAAGAUGAAUCAUUAAGUACUGAAACCGAUUCUAGUCCAACUAAAAACUGGGACCUACACACAAUCGAUAUGAAAAGCAAAAACUUCAAAUCCUUACCAGUAGAUGUUAGACAUGAAAUUUUAACAGAUUUAAAAGAAACCAGGAAGCAAAACUCUUGGGGCAGACUACACGAAUUACCAGCUGUCAGUGAUGAUUUUUCAUUUUAUCAAAUGAAGCGAUUAUUGAAAAGACAAGCAGUGCAAGCAGCUUUGGAGGAAGCUGAAAAAGAAAUGGGCGGUAAAUCUUUGAGUCUUGCUGAACUAGAGUCGAUACUCAAAGAUCAAGGUGUUAUUCAUAAUAAUCCUGAAGUUGCCAAAAGGAUUGCUUCAGAUGAUACUACAAAAUAUCUUUUAGUUAAGGACCUUAAGAAGGCUAUUGAAGAAGCUAGGCAAAAAGAAAAUGCAAUUAUUGUUGAAGAUGAUCAAGAAGUUAUUGAAAUUGUUGAUAAAGAAGUGAGGCAACCAACAAUAGCUGACAAAGAAUAUGAAGAUGAUCUACAAAGAGCUAUAGCGUUAUCUUUGGAAUGCGAACCAUCGACUUCAAAUAGCCAAAAUUUGAAAACAAAUCUAGAAGAAUUUUCGUUUUUGGAUAAUUUCCCUAAUGCUGACUUUGCUUCAAGCUCCAGCGAAGACGAGGAAAUUGUUAGGAACAAGAAGCUGUCUUCGGCUGAAAGUUAUAUGCUUGAAUAUAGUGGGCUUACUCCAAGUGAAAUUGCUAAAAUAUUGAAUGCAAAUAGCGAAUUGAAGAAGGCAAAGCUGAAAAAAUCUAGUGAAAAAAUCAAAGAGUCAGUUGAAGUUAUAUCAGACAAUGAUACUGAUAUUGAAUCAGAAAAAAAGACUUCAAAUAUUAAAGAAAUAAUUGUUGAUUCAGUUGAUAAUGAAUCAGAAAGAAAAACUAGUGAUAUUAAUGAAUCUCAUGAAGAAACUAAAAAUGUAGUUGAAACUAGUGAUGAUUUAGUCGAAAUAAUGUCAGGCACUGAAUCCAGUGAUACUGAGUCUGCAACAAACACUAUAAAUAUUAAAGAAAUAAUUGUUGAUUCAGUUGAUAAUGAAUCAGAAAAAAAGACUAAUGAUGAAAAAACCACAAAUAUAGUUGAAACUAGUGAUGAUUUAGUGGAAAUAAUGUCAGGCACCGAUUCCAGUGAUUCUGAAUCUGAGAAAAAAGUUAUAAAUAUUGUAAUUAAUCCAAAUGCUGAAAUUGAAGACGAUUUAUUUGCAGAUGUUUUUGCUCCAGAACCUGACGAAGCAAAGUUGGAAAUUGUGGCCGAUUUCCAAAAAAAAGAUGAAGUUUUUGUUGAAGAAACUCUUGCCAGUAAUAAAACUGAAGCUGAAAAUACUACAACAAAAGAAGACAAAAUUUAUGAAGAAAUCAUCACUCCAUCUCUAUCCGAGAAGCAACUAAAAGACCUCAAAGACCAACUCCAGCAAGAAAAAGUCGAGCUCAUCAACGAAAAAUCCACAAAAGAACGUUUAGCAAACAACAUCACUGACCAAAUGUAUCAAGAAGCCCAAGAACUAUUGGAACUUUUUGGGGUCCCAUACAUUAUUGCCCCAAUGGAAGCUGAAGCUCAAUGUGCCUUUUUAGACGCCAUAGAACUUACUGACGGUACCAUAACAGACGACAGCGAUAUCUGGUUAUUUGGAGGCAAAACAGUGUACAAGAAUUUCUUCAAUCAAAGCAAAUACGUUAUGGAAUUCCGAUCCGAGAACAUUCAGCAUCAUUUCAAGUUGACAAGGGAGCAAAUGAUUUUGUUGGCUUUGUUGGUUGGUAGCGAUUAUACUGUGGGGUUGCAAGGAGUGGGGCCUGUCACCGCUAUGGAAAUUUUGGCAGCUUUUCCAUCAGGCAAAGAAGUGCGGGAGUUCAAUUUGAUGCAUUCAGAUUUAUUGUCUGGUCUAAAAGAAUUCCGUUCCUGGUUCACCAAAGGAAAAUCUCCAGGCCCUGGACGUUCCUCCCUGAAAAGCAAGCUAACCAACUUGAUUUUCACUGAAAACUUUCCCAGUUUACAAGUAGUUCAAGCCUAUUUGGAUCCGUCAGUGGAAACGAGCAAAGAGGCGUUUUCUUGGGGCAGGCCCAACUUUGGAGCUCUGCUGGAAUAUGCCAGAGAAAAAUUCGGUUGGACUAGAAGUAAAACCGAAGAAAUUAUUAAUCCUGUUUUGAAGAAGCUUGAAGAAGGCAAACAUCAGAAAACGAUAAAGGAUUAUUUUAAAACUAGAUUCAAGGUGCAUUCAACUAAUGUCGAUGAUAAGAUGAGUAAAAGAGUAAAAACUGCUGUCAAUAAUAUGGGACGGGAUCCAAGUGAAAUUUUAGCAGAAGAAAUUGAGGGGGAAUUGAAACAACCUAAAAAAAGACAGGUGAGAAAAAAGAAAAACACUGAGGCUCCAGGCUUUAGUAAAAACCCUACUAAAAAGGACAAAACUAGUAGAGAAUCAAAAGUGAAUUUGGAAAAAUUGAAAUCGACAUCAGAUGAAUCUGAAACAGUUAAUAAAAAAAUUGAAACCAAUAAAGAAAGUGGUAAACAAAAAAGGAAAAUCAAAACAGCUGAAACAAAGAAAUCCAAAAAGACAAAGUUGGCCAAUGAAGAAUUAAAUAAUCAAAAUCCUGUUGAUGAUGUUACAGAAAAAAUCAAUAAAAUAAGACAAAGAAGAAAAAUUAAUGAAACAAAAGUGAAAAAGCCCAAAGAGAAAAAACUAAUUGAAACUAUUCCAGAUGAAUUACAAUCAGACAAAGAAGUAAAAUUGUUGCCUAAAAUUGUACAACAAUCCAGCCAAAAAGUUGAAGAAAUUAACAAAAACCUAAUGGAAAAACUCAAAACAAUACAGGUUUCCGAACCAUCAACAAGUAACUCUCGUCCUACAAGGGUUCCCAAAAAAGAAGUGAUACCGCAAAAGGAAAAAGACAAAAGUACAGUUUUGAGGAAUAAAUUGAAAGCAAUAGAAGUUUAUAGGAAGGGUAAACAAGGGCCUGGAUUUGUACCGAAAAGGGGUAGGAAUAGGAGAUUGCCGAAAGCUGAUGCUGGGUUGUCAGAGAGUAGUGAUGAUGAAUGAAAUUUUUUUCUAGUGAUAAAUAAUACUCUUUUGUUAUCCAAAGGGAUUCUAGAAGCCCUAUAUUAUUUUUUUUUUAUUUUUUACUCAAGUAGGUAUUCUAUUUUUUUAAGCUUUUUGUGUCAGUUUAUACUUCAAAAUAUAUACAUAUAUUUUUUAAAAAUAAAUUUCUUCUUUUUA